UGCUUGCCCCAACAGUCUACACGGGAUAAACCUUUCUCUUUGGGCCUACUGGCGUGCGUGCACGAACAACGGGUCACAACUUUCGGAAGGAGCGGCCGGGUUUGCGACUCUUCGUAUUCAUCUGGGGACACUAUUUGUGUACAGAAUUCCUGGAGGAUAGGAAAAAAGAAAACCCCCACCACGGCUCUCGAAGCCUCUUCUCCGAUGAGAUGAAAAGCUUACGCGGAAGCGUACGUCCGUCAGCGUGCACGCGCCUGGGUGCGCGCGUGUCAUUUCCCCCCCCCCCCGCCCCUACUGGACGUCUGUGAAACGAGAGCUUCAUAGCUCAUGGGAUUCCCCCAGUCUAAAUAAAGAUUCUGAUUGUGAUUCAUCAGUACAUGCGCUUCCUGGAGGACCUGGGCCGGCGGCUCAAGGUGGAGGAGCUGGGAGUGGACGUGGGCUUGGACCUGCAGCUGGAGGCAAUGCUGACGCGGGCCGACCACCUCGCUAAGCUGGAGAGUGACUCCACAGCCGACGGAAAGACUCUGCUCUACAGCCUGCAGCGCAAGGUGAAGGCCCAGAAGGAGAAGCUGCAGAGCAAGGAGCUGCACCUGGAGAUGCUGCGCAAAAAGUUGUCGCAGCUCGAGGAGGAGCGAGGCACGAGGACGGCGCUGGCCGUGGAGCGCGACGACGCCAACGCCGCGCUGCACAAGCUGCGCCGGCGCUCUGAGCGCCUGCAGCAGCAGCUGGACGCCGCGCGUACCGCCAACACGGAGCUCAAGGCGCAGCUGGCAGACGCGCACGGCCUCAAGGUGAGCGGCGGAGGGAGGGCUGGCGCCGUGCUAAUGACUGUAACCUCUGAGCGAGAAGCAUCUGGGUUCGAUUCCUGAAUCGUGGGGUUCGUAUGUUCUAACCC